GUGAAAAGUGGAUACUCAUGUGAUCCUGUAUUCUCUAAGGUUCUCGAUCACCCAGAGGACCACAAGUUGUUCACGCUGAGGGAUGGCUUGUUGUGGCACAAGUGCAAUGAGCAGACCGAAGUGCUGUGUGUCCCGUGUAUAAAGGUCGAUGGACGGGCCUUGACCGAGAUCAUUAUCAAUGAGGAUCAUACCGCAUUGAGACAUCUAGGCAUGAGACGUACCUUGGACUAUGUUCGGCGAUGGUAUUGGUGA